AUGUCAAACAACAACCAGGUCAUCUACACCAACAGUUGGGCUCUAUAUUUAAGUGGCACUUCUGAACAAAUCAACAAGAUUGCAAAGAAACAUGGUUUCCAUAUCUUGGGAAAGAUAUUUCCCGAUGGCAACUAUUACCAUAUGGAGCAACGAGGGGUGGCAAAACAAUCAUUGCAGGCACACUAUUUGCAUAAUCUUCGACUGAAAAUGGACCCUAAGGUGCUUUGGUUUGCACAGCAAUCUGGAAGGAGUAGAAAUAGAAGACACUCUUUCACAGCACCCACUGAUCCAUUUUUCAAUCAGCAGUGGUAUCUGGUACAUAGUGAGGCCUUUAAUCAGAAUGUGGUGGCUGCCUGGGCUCGAGGCUACACAGGCAAAGGGGUAGUGGUGUCCAUUUUAGACGAUGGCCUAGAGACAAGCCACCCAGACCUUGCUGAAAAUUAUGAUCCACUGGCUAGCUAUGACAUGAAUGAUAAUGACCCCAACCCAGAGACUCAAUACUCUCUGACCAGACCAAAGAGGCAUGGAACACGGUGUGCUGGGGUGGUGGCAGCAGUGGCAAAUAAUGGGGUGUGUGGGGUUGGAGUGGCAUAUCAGGCCAAGAUCGGAGGAGUUCGGAUGUUGGAUGGACAAGUGACUGACCUGAUAGAAGCCAUGUCCUUAAACUUGAAUCAGAAGCACAUUGACAUCUACAGCUCAAGCUGGGGACCUGAAGAUUUGGGGAGGAAUUUGGAGGGGCCAAACACAUUAGCUAAAGAAGCCUUUAUCAGAGGCAUAAGCAAUGGCCGAGGUGGCUUGGGUUCCAUUUACGUCUGGGCUUCAGGCAAUGGGGGCGCCAGCUUUGACAACUGCAACUGCGAUGGCUACACCAACAGCAUUUACACAUUGUCUGUUGGUAGUACCACCGAGAAGGGAACUCUGCCCUUCUACAGUGAACCCUGCUCGGCCAUUCUAACAACUACCUACAGUGGUGUAAGCUUUCAACACCACAGAAUUAUCACCACUGACCUGCAUCAGUCCUGCACCUCUGACCAUACUGGGACCUCUGCCUCUGCCCCUCUGGCUGCUGGGAUUAUUGCACUGGCUCUGGAGGCAAACCCAAGACUUACCUGGCGUGAUGUGCAACACCUUGUGGUGCGAGCAUCAAGACUGGCAGAUCUUCGAACGCAUGAUUGGAGGACCAAUGGUGUUGGUAGACCUGUCAGCCAUUACUAUGGAUAUGGGCUCCUGGAUGCAGGCAGACUGGUGGACUUGGCCAGUAAAUGGAAAACAGUCAAACCUCAAAAGAAGUGCACCAUUGACCUCAUUACCAGAUCCUUUGAAUUCCGCAUGAAACUAACAUUGAGGUGGAAUGUGACAGCUUGUCAUAGCACCAGGAAUUGGAUUCGGUCUCUGGAGCACAUCCAGGCACGUCUCACACUGACCUAUAGCAGACGUGGAGAUCUCUCCAUCACCCUCAUUAGCCCGAAGAAGACAAUCUCCAAUUUACUCACAACCAGGCCCUACGAUAAAACGUCUGCAGGGUUCUCAGACUGGGCCUUCAUGAGUACACACUGCUGGGAUGAGGAUCCCUCUGGAUAUUGGGUUCUACGGAUAGAAAACAACGGAGAUUCAACCAACAGAGGAUUCCUGUUGAAAUUUCAACUGGAGUUGCAUGGGACAGCUGAACACAUGAUAGGCCGUCGCAUGGAGAGGGCAGUGGUACAGCAGUGUGCAGUGAGGAACUCUGAUGGCGGCUGUGAAGAGUGCAUAUACCCACUGUACGUAUUUGAGAACAUCUGCCUGAUGUCCUGUCCACCUCACUACUACGUAUCAAAUGGAAACAGCACCCGCUCCUAUCAGAGGUGCUUACCCUGCCAUCGCAACUGCCACACUUGUUUCGGCAAACAGGACACAAACUGUCUGGACUGCCCUCCGUAUUCCACCUUGGAUUCUCGUCGCAGUACCUGUAGUCCCCCCGUCUACCCCUGGGACCACAAAGGUAAAGUAACAAAUGGCAUGGAUCGGACGGCAGCAGUUCUGGGUAUUCUGAUGGGAGGGCCGCUGGUGAUUUUGUUUGUCAUGUGGGCGAUUGCAUGGAUGGUGAGCAGGUCGUUUCUACCACGUGGUGCUGCCAGGAACCAGGUGGACAUCAGCACCAGUCAUAGCAGUGAUGAGUCCAGGGAUGUGGAGAUGGUGGUAUUCAGUAUUACAGAAAGACAGGCAGAGAACAGCGAGAGUACAUCUACAUUCACCAACAUUCCCAAUACUUCAAGAGAAACAUGA